GGCCGGAGUCUUUCACUUCACCGUCCUACCCGUAUUCCUACAACCCACGCAUGCUCGUGAUCGGAUAGGCUAAAAUUUCACACAGAAACCAGAUCAAACGUACAGAAUACCCGUGAUUAAGAAAAAACAGCCAAUCACAGGGCAGGAGGCGGGACUUUGUCGGAAUACGGGCGACAAACUAAAACUAUUGCUGACCGAGAGUGAAGAGCGCACAGUGACACAAUGAAGUCCAUACCGGAGGAUUUAUCCACACUCGUUUCAGAUUUGGAAGCAUUUCUGACAGAAGUUUUGAAAGGAGAAAAUCUGAGCAAGAAAGCAAAGGAAAAAAGAGAUGCUUUUAUAAAGAGAAUAAAGGAGGUCAAAGCCAGUUACCCGCAGGAUUUCAAGGAAAAACGAGAUGAAGAGUGGGAUGAGAUUGAAGAAGCAGACAGCAACAAUGAUGGCGGUUCGCUGCAAUCUGAGCGCAUGGAUAGAGAUGAAGAGCCGGCAUAUGAUGGCGUUCAGCAGGCCCCUCCAGUAGCAGCUCAAGAUCUUCAAGCUGUGUUUAAGAGUGGUUACCUGGAAAAACGAAGAAAGGAUCACAGCUUCUUUGGCACCGAGUGGCAGAAGAGAUGGUGUGCUCUGAGCAUCCACACAUUCUAUUAUUAUGGCAGUGAGAAAGAUAAACAGCAGAAGGGAGAGUUUAAUAUAAGCGGUUAUGCUGUCAAAAUGAACAACACAUUGCGCAAAGAUUCCAAGAAAGACUGCUGCUUUGAAAUAUCUGCUCCUGACAAACGUGUGUACCAGUUCUGUGCCUCCACACAGAGAGAGGCAGAGGAAUGGGUAGAGCAGAUUAGCUUUGUGAUCAAAGACAUGGAAGGCAUCAUUCCUUUGGAGGAGGAGCAGGACACAUAUGAUGACUGCUUACCUAUGAAUAUGAAUUUAAAUACAGCUUCCAUACCUGCACCCAUUGAUGAGGAUAUCUAUGAGGAGCUUCCUGAGGACGAGGUGCCUCAAACUAAUAAACCAGCACCAGAGCCAGUCAGCAAACCCCCCAUAGCACCUCCAGUGACAGCAGUAAAUAAGAGCACAGACUACCAGAACUACUUCCAGGGUUUGUGGGACUGCAGUGGAGACCAACCCGACGAACUGUCUUUCAAGAGAGGGGAUGCCAUCUACAUCCUCAGCAAGGAAUACGAUACUUUUGGCUGGUGGGUUGGAGAGAUGAAAGGUGUAAUUGGUAUAGUGCCUAAAAGCUACUUGACAGAGCUUAACAUUUUGUGAAGGCCUUAACGGUCAUCUGAACUUCCUUUAAUCCUACCUCGUUGAGAUAUAUACGAUCGGAUCCCUGUGCAGUGAAGGAUUCAUGUUGCAGCCAGCAGGUGGCAGGAGUGACUUAGUUAUUUGAUAACUCGUGCUUCAGGUUGUCUUUUUCUAUGCAUGAUAUCAGAUCUGAUCAAAACCAUCUUACCAUUCUGCAGCAGUGUUUUGCUAUGUGCUAACACAAGAAUGGAAAGAUUUGACCUUUUUGUGCUCAAACAUACAAACAAAUCAAAAAGCAGUUAUUUAGCUGCAGGAUUGAUUGUCUCAUGUUUGGCAUAUUGGAUUGUAUCUUCAUGGUUCAUGUGCGCUACUGCACUGACUUCCACAGAACGUCUGGCCACUGAAGUGAAAAACUUAAUUAAAAACAUGAGUCAGACCAUUACCUACUCAGAAUGCUCCAGAUUGAGUUGUUUAUAUUAGCAUAUUAACUCAUUCAGCCAGGCUGCACACAUUAAAUAAUGCAGAUAUUUUUUAAUUCGCUGAUUACGCAAUGUGCCAGCUCUCUGAGACCAACAUAGCGAUAAUCCCACCAUGACCACUGCAAUCUACAAUGCAGCAACUGUAAGUAACCAAGAUUCCCCCUGUAGAAAUAUCCAUUUGAAUCUUAUUUUCUAACCGUAAAUCUGCAUUGUUGUGGUAAAGUGCAGAUUUAGUUUAUUUGAUGGGUCCCUCUUUUUCAUUCAGAUGUUGUCUGUGUGAUUCUUAAACUUUAUUUAAAAAUCAUCAAGCAUGAUUUGGCAAUUCUUCCAUACAAUUACCAUAUAAAAAAUAGAACAUAAAUAUUUGCAGCUGUCCGCAUAAGGCAAAAGAGAAAAGCAUUAUAUAGGACUAGUUCCCCUCUGACUAUAAUCAUGUUUGUUUGGAUAUAAAAGAGAAAUGUGAAAUCACAGAUGUUUUUAAUCAUCAUUGUCUUAGCACAGGCUCUAGAGUACCUAAUAAUCUCAAUUUUAAAAAAAGGAUGUGUGUUCUCUGUGCAUAUAGAUCAGAUUACUGAAACAAAAAAAAAAGAAAAAGAACAACCAAAAUAAAUUCUGCAAGUGAAAUAAUUCUUUCAAAUGAAAUUCUGUGAAUUCAAUCAACAAUUUAUUACUAUACAUUCUGCAUAACUAUCUUAACAGAAAAUAAAAAUUUAUGCCAAAAUGAGAAAAUCCAACUUGUGUUUGUAUUUAAUUAAGCUGCAUUUCUAUUUUAUUGCCUCAGAAUACAGCACUUCAUGUGUUUGCGGCACUUUGUUGAGUGUGGUAUCAAUAAGUAGAUUCCCUAGGACAAAUUCAUAAAAAUGGGGAUGAAUGCAUCUGAUGUUCUUCCACAAACUAACUACAUAAAGCCUGUGAAUCAUUCACAUCACCAAUGUUCCAGUUUUAUCCUUUCUAUUGCUUUGCCAGGGCUGUGCUGAAGCCAGUUUAUGACUUUCUGGCCUCUUUUUGUGCAUGUAAAAAUGUAUGCAUAAUUUAAAUCAGGACAUUUACUCGGUAUAAAACAUUUCCCCCUUUCCUUUAAUGAACCUUGUGGUUGUGCUUGGCAGCAGGCUUUGUAUUACCACCCGGUCUGGAAGCAUUUUCUUUCCAGACUUCUGAAGAUGGCGUUCUUUUGUCUUUUUCAUUUACAUCAUUGACAAUCAUAUUACAUACACUAUGAUUUACUAAUUUAGUAACAAGCUCAAAACCUUUCCAUUCCUUUGAAAGGCUAAAAGUCUGUUUUCCUCUAAUCUACCCGCAAACACUGCUUUCUGGUAGAUUUCCAUCUUGCAGUGUAGUCAUUAUAAUUCUGCUAGUGAACUCUUCCACUGGCAGAGUAUCGGCUAUCUCAGCACUGAUUAACAGUAUUUCCUUACAGCGUUGUUAUUUUCUUUGGUACACUUUGCUGCUGAUUUUACAGCCUAUUCUUGAUUGUUUUAGCUAUGUCCAGUUAUUUGCUUUGUUUAAUUUCCUUCAAGCUCAGCUCUGAAUUAUUAAUGUUGAUUUAUGACUGCAGGCCCACCACUAAGCACAAAGGACUGUAAUAUCAUGAAAGUAGUUUGUCUUUAUUUUUCACAGACAUUUUGGCGAUUACAUGCCAUAGAAAAGCCUGUACUGCA